GGAGAUGACAAGGAGGACUUCCUUCCCAAAAAGCUCGGAGCUCUUCACUGAAGACAAGUCGUGGAAUCACAAGAGGAAUCAUGCAGAAAGCUGACAAAGUGGCAGAGCUGAUCUCAAAGUGCAUGCAGGCCCGGGACAUGGCCUACUGCCCCUACAGCCACUUCCCUGUCGGUGCCGCCAUUCUAACAGCAGAUGGCGCCAUAAUCACAGGUUGCAAUGUGGAGAACGCCUCCUACGGUCUGACGGUGUGCGCCGAGAGGACGGCCAUCCAGAGAGCUGUAGUUGAGGGACACAGACAGUUCACCGCCAUCGCUGUGACAUGUGAUGUCAAAGACCGUUUUGUUGGACCGUGUGGAGCAUGCAGACAGGUUCUCGUGGAGUUUGGAUCAAACUGGACUGUAUAUUUGACUAAGCCGGAUGGAACUUAUAAAGAAACUACGCUCGGUGAACUGCUACCUUUGGCGUUUUCCCCUGAAGACCUCGCUAAGUAGUGAUCACGCUUCCACGGCGUCUUCUGGUGGCCCAAGACAUGUCUGGGAAACAAGCUUCAGUCUCACUCUAUUUCUAUGUAAAUCUCAUUGUUGCCUGAGAGAAAUAAAUCAGAUACUUUUGGGAUCUCCCUUCAAGUCCCCCUUCCCCCUUUAAACACUGAUAAUAUUUUAAAAAGACCAAAAAUUAUGGAAGAAAACGCACUAUGUAGUAAACCAUGUUUUAUUUCAAGUACAUGACUAUAAUCAUACAAUUAAUGCAAUGAAUGUGUGUCAAGUUUCUUUUAAAUUAGAAGUCCAUGAUUAAACAUUUUUGCUUGA